AUGGCAUCUUCAGCAGCCACCUCUAAAUUGAUAGACCGCUCCACCAUUGAUAAUUUGGCAAAAACCCAAGAGUAUGCCCCUACCCCUUUUGCAAUUCAAUCUAUCAAUGCUGGGGAUGACCUUCCUUCAGCAUUGCUACAAGUUUUGUUAUUUCAGAAAAUGCAGAACAAUAUAGAUGAUACUGAUAGACAUAAAUUAUUGUUAUCUGAUGGCACAUACAUGCAGUUGGCAAUCCUGCGUUCUAAAUAUGCUACUCUGAUAGAUUCAGACAUUCUAAGAAUAGGCACAAUAGUCCAGUUAUCAAGUUAUACAUGCCAAUACAUAUGGAACACAAGGACUAUUGUAAUACCUAGUCUGGAAGUGAAACAAAUUCAUUGUCUGUUCUUUGGUAAACCAAGAUACCUGUUCAAAGAACAAGAACCAGAAAUGAUGUCUGAGGACAAACCAUCAAUAUCUAAACGAUCUCUUCAAUUUGCCACUGAAUUGCCAUCCCCACAAACAACAACUUCUGAAAAUAUAAGCCCUAUGAAGACUUUGAAUGCAUACCAAAAUAAAUGUAUGAUCAAAGGGAGAGUUACUCAUAAACAGCCUAUUAAGGCAUAUAGCAUGGCCACAAAAAAUGGCCAUGUGUUUAGCUUUGACAUUGUUGAUUGUGAAGGUUUUGAAAUUAGAAUUACAUGUAUUGAUGAGAUAGCUAAGUUACACUCUAACCGUGUGGACAUAGGUUCACAUUAUCUUAUUUCAAAGGGAUCUAUUAAGGAGGCAAAUGCAAGGUACAAUAAACUAAACAGUCAUUUAGAAAUAACCUUGUCUGAUGCAUCCAUACUGAAACACUGCACCAAUUAA